CCCCUCGGUCCACCCCUCCGGGCGGCCCCGACUCUGCUCUCGCCCUCCCUGGUCACCUAGACCCAUGCCUCCACCCACAGCACCCCGGCAGCCCGGCGUGUGCGGACCCCCGAGCUCCUACCAUGCUGUACCUCGGUGACCCCAUGCGGCACCUCGCCACGGCCCAGUUCAAUCUGCUCAGCAGUGCCAUGGACCCGAUGAGCAGCCGCCCUGCCCCGGCCAGCCCCUACACCCCGGAGCACGCGGCCAGCAUGCCCACCCACUCGCCCUACGCGCAGCCCAGCUCCACCUUCGACACCGUGUCACCGGCGCCGGUCAUCCCCUCCAACACCGACUACCCCGGCCCCCACCACUUCGAGGUCACCUUCCAGCAGUCCAGCACAGCCAAGUCGGCCACCUGGACGUACUCCCCACUGCUAAAGAAACUGUACUGCCAAAUCGCCAAGACGUGCCCCAUCCAGAUCAAGGUGUCCACGCCCCCGCCGCCGGGCACCGCCAUCAGGGCCAUGCCCGUCUACAAGAAGGCGGAACACGUCACUGACAUCGUGAAACGCUGCCCCAACCAUGAACUUGGCCGGGACUUCAACGAAGGACAGUCUGCCCCGGCCAGCCACCUCAUCCGCGUGGAAGGCAACAACCUCUCGCAGUACGUGGACGACCCAGUCACCGGCAGGCAAAGCGUCGUGGUGCCCUAUGAGCCCCCGCAGGUGGGGACAGAAUUCACCACCAUCCUGUACAACUUCAUGUGUAACAGCAGCUGUGUGGGGGGCAUGAACCGGAGGCCCAUCGUCAUCAUCAUCACCCUGGAGACCCGGGAUGGGCAGGUGCUAGGCCGCCGGUCAUUCGAAGGCCGGAUCUGUGCCUGCCCUGGCCGUGACCGCAAGGCCGACGAGGACCACUACCGGGAGCAGCAGGCUCUGAACGAGAGCGCCAGCAAGAGUGGGGCUGCCAGCAAGCGCACCUUUAAGCAGAGCCCGCCUGCCAUGCCUUCCCUGGGUGCCAAUGUGAAGAAGCGGCGGCACGGGGACGAGGACACGUACUACAUGCACGUGAGAGGCCGGGAGAACUUUGAGAUCCUGAUGAAGGUCAAGGAGAGUCUGGAGCUGAUGGAGCUGGUGCCGCAGCCCCUCGUGGACUCCUAUCGACAGCAGCAGCAGCAGCAGCUCCUGCAGAGGCCGAGCCACCUGCAGCCUCCGUCCUACGGGCCCGUCCUGUCCCCCAUGAACAAGGUCCACGGCGGAGUCAGCAAGCUGCCCUCCGUCAACCAGCUGGUGGGCCAGCCUCCCCCGCACGGCGCGGCUGCAGGGGCCAGCCUGGGGCCCAUGGGCCCGGGCAUGCUCAACAGCCACAACCACGGCAUGGCGGCCAACGGGGAGAUGAACGGCGGCCACAGCUCCCAGUCCAUGGUCUCGGGGUCCCACUGCACCCCACCGCCCCCCUACCACGCCGAUCCCAGCCUGGUCAGUUUUUUAACAGGACUGGGCUGUCCCAACUGCAUCGAGUAUUUCACGUCCCAGGGGUUACAGAACAUCUAUCACCUGCAGAACCUAACGAUAGAGGACCUCGGGGCCCUGAAGAUCCCCGACCAGUACCGCAUGACCAUCUGGAGAGGCCUGCAGGACUUGAAGCAGGGCCACGACUGUGGGCAGCAGCUGCUGCGCUCCAGCAGCAACGCCGCCACCAUCUCCAUCGGGGGCUCGGGCGAGCUGCAGCGCCAGAGGGUCAUGGAGGCCGUGCACUUCCGCGUGCGCCACACCAUCACCAUCCCCAACCGCGCCGGCCCGGGCGCCGCCGCGGGCCCCGACGACUGGGCGGACUUUGGCUUUGACCUGCCGGACUGCAAGUCCCGGAAGCAACCCAUCAAGGAGGAGUUCCCCGAGGGCGAGGGCCACUGAG